AUGUCUGUCCUGCAGGAGAUCAGUGUAAAUGUGAAGAACAUGAAGCAGUUACAUGCAUCCUUAGCCACACGAGCAAACCAGAUCAAGGAAGAGCUCAGUCAGGGAAUGAGAAAGCCCUACAAAGAAUUGAUAGAUGUCUGCAUGGGCGACCCGCACAGAGCCGGUGUGAAGCCUCUGACAUUUGUCCGACAGGUUCUUGCCGCAUGUCUUUACCCUCAGCUUGUGGACAGCGACAAACUGCCAGUGGACGUCAGACAGAGGGCUCAGAUGCUGCUUAAGGCAUGUGCUGGAGGGAGCGUCGGUUCUUACACUGCCACAGGGGGUAUUUCACAAAUAGUUCACAGAAUCUCCGAAUUCAUAACGAGACGAGACGGCAGUGCUCCAUCUUACCCUGAAAACAUUUACAUCAGCCCCGGCUCACAGUGGGCACUCAUGAAUAUUCUCAACGUCUUGGUGAACAGCAAGGCUUCACCCAGAACAGGUGUGCUGACUCCGAUGCCGUGCUACUCCACUUCCAAUCUGUCCAUGAUCGGGCUGGGGGCAGUUGUUGUUCCCUACAGCCUUCAUGAGGAGCAGGGCUGGGAGCUGCAGGUGGAGGAGCUGCACCAAGCGCUGAAAUCUGCAAAGGGAGUCUGCAAGCCUGUAGCUCUGUAUGUCAUCAACCCUGGGAAUCCCACGGGUCAUGUUCAAAGCAGGAAAUCAAUGCAAGAGGUGAUCCGGUUCGCUUCAGAGAAGAGGCUCUUCCUUCUGGCUGAUGAGGUCUACCAGGACUGUGUUUAUGGGGGAAAAAGUGAGUUUGUCUCUUACAAGAGGGUUCUGUCAGAGAUGGGUCCUCCUCUUUCAGACACAGUGGAGCUGGCCUCCUUCCACUCAGCAUCCAAAGGCUUCAUGGGAGAGUGUGGUCUGCGUGGUGGCUACGUGGAGCUGGUGAAUCUGGACCCCGUGGUCAUGAAAUACAUCUACAAACUGUUCUCAAAGGACAGUUGUGCACCUGUGUUGGGUCAGUUUGCCCUGGAUCUGUUGACGAACCCUCCACAACCAGGAGAUCCCUCGUACCCACUUUACAGUGAGGAGACACAACACAUCCGGACCACGCUGGCUCAUAAUGUAAAGAGAGUCUUUGAGGUCGUCAACAGUCUGCCGGGGAUCCGCUGCCAGCCGGUGGAAGGAGGAGCAUUCGGGUUCCCCAGACUGCACCUUCCACCUAAAGCCAUUCAGAAGGCCAAGGAAAUGGGAAUGCAACCAGAUGUGUUCUACUGCAUCAAACUACUGGAAGAGGCCGGUGUGUUCGUCGGUCCUGGUUGUGAAUAUGAGCCAAAGGAAGGCACCUACCACUUCAGGAUCUGCAUUAUAGUCCCUGAAGACGUUAUGGAAGAACUGCUGAGGCGCCUGAGCAGCUUUCACACACAGUUUAUGAAAGAUUUUUCUUAA